AGCAGACAUUAUUUGCUACAGUUUUCACGAGGACAGUAGUAUCAGUGCGAAUCAUGUCUGGACGCGGAAAAGGCAAAGCGAAGGGAACCAAAUCGAAGAGUCGCUCAUCUCGAGCUGGACUGCAAUUCCCUGUCGGCAGAAUCCACCGUCUCCUUCGCAAAGGCAACUACGCUGAGCGGGUUGGAGCUGGAGCACCCGUGUAUCUUGCCGCUGUCCUUGAAUACCUGUCCGCCGAGAUCUUGGAAUUGGCUGGCAACGCUGCUCGCGAUAACAAGAAAUCAAGAAUCAUCCCACGUCAUCUUCAGCUCGCUGUCCGCAACGAUGAAGAAUUGAACAAGCUUCUUGCCGGAGUCACGAUCGCUCAAGGCGGCGUUUUGCCAAACAUCCAAGCCGUUCUGUUGCCCAAGAAGACCGACAAAAAAGGCGGGAAGACCUCCUCACAGAGCCAAGAAUACUAGAUCUUCUCAAAAACUUCAUACAACGGCUCCUUUAGGAGCCACCAAAUCUUACAAAAGUCUACAUCAACAAGAAUGAUCGUACUUUUAGACGUUUUAUUCAGUGAAUUUAUAAUUAGGCGCCAAAACCGUUAACGACAUUGGCGAUCUCUUCGGCGGUUAUAGAUCGUUCCGAUAAAAAGUAAAACUAUUCUUAAAGAAAAA